AUGAAAGCUAUCGUUGAUUAUUUAAAUAAUAAAGAUAUUUUUAUAUCUAUGAAAACUAAUGGAGGAAAAACUUUAUGUUAUGCUCUAUCAGCUGUUUGUUUUACAGGUUUAACUAUUGUAUCUUGUCCUCUUAAAGCACUUAUGGAAGAUCAAAAG